AUGCAACUGCUCGUAGAUAAACUGCUGUUACCUCUGUUCCACAUGCUAUUAUUGCUCAUUGCUUCGCCAGUGGUGCAUUGCAAACUGUCCAUCCCAACUGUUGGUGGACGGAUUCUUGGGCACAAAUGCAUGGAACAAUUGUGGAACCACUCUUGGACACAAUACUGUUACUCCCGGUCCACAUUUUUGCAUCCACAAACCACAAAUUUCAAGAAAUACCCACAACCACAUCCACGGAAAUCAAGACUUGUCAGAAUUUCACAAAAAAGAAUCAUGACCAUACCUCCUGCACAAGCUAACCAUGCCUUGAAUAUCACAUUGGCCACCCUGCAAUCGCUCAUGAAGCAUUGCAUCAAGGUAAAGGAGGGCAAUCCUGAGGCCUUAAGGCUAUCAGAUGAGAUCGCUCAGUGCAUGGCCAAGGACUUGAAAUUGUAUGGCGGGAACACCACAUCAUUCUCACUGCAGCUGCUUUCUUUUGCUGCUGUUGUGAGAGAGAACUCAAGGGGCGGCGCCUUCAAGAGUGUCCCUGAGACCUCUGUUACAGACGACGACCUGCGCAUCAAGAGCCACCCACGCUUUGAUAAGACCGUGGAUUAUCUCCCACCGUCCUCACUCGAUGAUCUUGUCAUCGCCACCACAGAAACUGCCAAUCCCACUGCUGUCCUCGCAAUGGCAACCGCCAUUGUCCCACCAUCAACACAAUUGGCCUCGCCAUCCACGCCAUCCCUCAAGGAUUCAGAUAUCCUUGCUGGGCCGGAACCGGAACCGAAUGUAUCAUCGGACCUUGGGAAGGAAAAGGCCGAGGACCCUCCCAUUCCAAUCAACACUGCCACGGCUCCGCCAGCAAAAUUCAACCUCUUCAUGGCGGGCACUAAGAAGAGAAAGGCUGCAGAAGAAGAUACAGAUGCCAUGGUCGUGGUAGCCAAGACCAAAUUGCCUUCCCCGUCUAAAGAGCCAGUCAAGAAAAGGAAGAUCUCAUCAAAAUCCAUUUCCAAGAAGGAAUGGGGUUCAGAUGAUGAUAUUGCUACACCAUGGAAGCAUUCUGUUCGCUAUCACCCCUGGCAGUGCGACAAAUGUGCCAAAUUGGACAUUGCCUGCCUUGUCCUCCCCGACAAGAAAUUUGGAUACAUGUGCCUCGCCUGCGCAAAUUGUGACAGCAUGAAGAUCACUUGUGCUAUUGACAGUGUUGGUGUCCGGCAGAGGUUGCAAGCGAAGGCAGCAAAAGCAUCCUCUGACCCGCCCGCACAACCAAAGGCUUCAAAAUCCCGAGCUGUCUCUAAAGCACUCGUGAUGUGUCAGUCUCGCUCGCAACAGAGCAUUGUUCAACAUAAAGAUUCUCCAGAGGAAGAGAAAAAGCCGCUUGAUGUCCUUCCGGGUAGGGCUCAAAUGCAACCAGAAGAUGCGCAAUCGCUUGUGCCCACCAACCUGCUGGAACCAGAGCCCACUGCAAGAGAAAUCUUACAGGGCAUCCAGGACCUCGGCAGGAGAUUGGAUCUCCUCGCCGCCAAUGAGCGGGUGGAUGCAUUGGAGGUGAGGUUACAAACAGGCGCUUUCCUUCAUGUCGAUCCGAUGUUCGGUGAUAUUGAUUUUAAAUAUUGCGGGUUCAGUGAAUGCACCUCUGAUGAUGGUUUGGGUAUAUGA